AUGUUCAAUGCCUUGGUUGAUGUUUUACUGCGCUUUACAAGAGACAAGGAACUGAAAGCCAAGGAAAAACAACCCCAGAAGAAAAUUAACGAAAGAAGGAAGAAGGAAGAUGAGAAGCAAUGUGAAGAUGAAAAGACACCAGUGUGUAACUACAAGCUUCGCUUUAUAUUCACAUCCAGAACCUACAACUGGAAUGAAGGAUGUGCAAGAUUACAUCAAUUCAAAGUAAAUCUGUUUAAGCCUGAAACCAUUGUUGAUAUGAUCAAGAUUUGUUUAACCACAGAAGAAAAGAAACAUAUUCUGACAUUGUUCAGGAAAUGCCAAAUGUGCGAUAUCUCCAAUAAGGACAUGAAAACCAUUACUCAGUUACAAGACAGCAGGUUUGGCUUUCCUCUGAUCUGUAAACUGUACUGUACAAACCCAGCCUUCCAGAUGUACAACAUAAUUGACUUCUUUCAGAAACCUGUGACCUACUUGAGAGGUGACCUUGACACCAUUGUCCGUGAAGGCAGAAGCAGGUCGGCAGCUCUCGUUCUCCUUGUUCUGUGUGGAGGGAAAUUGAACCUUGCCUCUUUUAAGGGGAAGGAGAAGAGUCUCGCUGAUCUGUUUCAGGCUGUAAAGGAGGAUGUCGCGUGUUGCACUCGGACAGACAUUGGCAGGGAGAUCAGCAACUUUACUGGCACCUACUGUACAGUGGAGAAUCAUGUAGCCUCCUUCUCUCAUCCAUCCAUCUAUGAUGCUGCAGCAUGUGCCUUGGGGAAUCUCAAUGAAGAUCUGUUACUGGAACAUUGCUCCCUGCAGUUUUUAUAUGAAAGAGUGAGGCUGAACAAGGAUGAUCACCUAAAGACAACCCACACUGAUGAUGUCACAAACAUGAUCUACAUCACCUCAAGUCUCCACCCGUUAGUGAUCAGCAGAUUGGUGGAGGGUGUCCGAGAAGGAUGCUUCAGGUGGACAAUAGGCCACCCUGUAUUCAGCAGUGCUCAAAUAGUCUCCGACUUCUUGACACAGAUGAUGACAGACUUGCCAGAUGUUGUUCACAGGAAGGAUAAGAGCUCAGGGGAAUGUUUUCUGUAUUGGGUUUCACUGUCAACUAACCAUUCACUGUUUGAACACACAGUGUCACUGAUGUGUGGAGAGGGAAGCCUUUCACAUUCUGUACUCGCUGACUUCUAUGAGAGUAUCAUAGGCUGUACACAACAUGGCAAUCUCAGGCACCUGCAACAUAUUGCUGCUGUACUCAAACAACAUGGGAAAUACGAUGUAGACAGGAGGACAAAGGGAGAGAGGACUCUGUUGAUGAUUGCUGCUGAGACAGGACACUUGGGUGUGUUCAACUUCCUCCUCCAAGAGGGAGCUGAUGUUUCAGCAACAGACAAAGAUCGUUACAACUGUCUUCAUCUUUCAUGUAAAUCAGGAGGGAAAGAUGUCGUAAAUGUUAUCAUUGAGAGGUUUCAACACCUCAUCAAUGGCCCUGAUAGUAAUGGAAACACCCCUGUUAUGGUGUGUGCUGAGUCACAGCAGGUUGAAAUCCUCAAGUUCCUUGUUUCACAAAAAGCAGAUCUUACUCUCAGUAAUUAUGUCAAUGAAAACGCUUGCCACAUAGCAUGUAUCAAAGGCCAUGUAUCGGUUGUAGAGUAUCUGCUGACAUGUGAACACAUAACCAUAGACAUGCGAGGAGGGUGUUGGCAUCAAACAGCAGUCAUGAUGGCAGCUGAAGGAGGACGCUCUGAUGUUUAUGAUCUUCUUGUGUUGGAGGGAGCUGAUCUGUCACUAACUGAUGGAGACAACAUGGACUGCCUGAUGUUGGCAUCUGAAAGAGGACACUAUCAUGUUUAUAAUCUUCUUGUGUUGGAGGGAGCUGAUCUGUCACUAACUGAUGAAGACAACAGGGACUGCCUGAGGUUGGCAUGUGAUGGAGGUAACGUGUCUAUAGUGAAACACCUCCUGUCAUUAAAAACAUUUGACAUCAAGAGACGAGGGGGUGGGUCUAACCAAACAGCAGUUAUGAUGGCAGCUGAAAGAGGACUCUAUGAUGUUUAUAAUCUUCUUGUGUUAGAGGGAGCUGACCUGUCACAAUCUGAGAAAUACAACAGUGACUGCCUGAUGUUGGCAUGUGAGGGAGGUAACGUGUCUACAGUGAAACACCUCCUGUCCUUGAAAACAUUUGACAUCAAGAGACGAGGGGGUGGGUCUAACCAAACAGCAGUUAUGAUGGCAGCUGAAAGAGGACUCUAUGAUGUUUAUAAUCUUCUUGUGUUGGAGGGAGCUGAUCUGUCACUAACUGAUGAAUUGAACAGGGACUGCCUGAUGUUGGCAUGUGCGAAAGGUAACGUGUCUAUGGCGAAACACCUCCUGUCCUUGAAAACAUUUGACAUCAACAGACGAUGGUUGUUGAAUCACACAGCAGUUAUGUUUGCAGCUGAAAGAGGACACUAUCAUGUUUAUAAUCUUCUUGUGUUAGAGGGAGCUGAUCUGUCACUAACUGAUUUUGACAACAGGAACUGCCUGAUGUUGGCAUGUGAUGGAGGUAACGUGUCUAUAGUGAAACACCUCCUGUCCUUGAAAACAUUUGACGUCAACAGACGAGGGGGGUCACGGAAACAAACAGCAGUUAUGAUGGCAGCUGAAAGAGGACAGAACUGCCUGAUGUUGGCAUGUGAGGGAGGUAACGUGUCUAUAGUGAAACGCUCCCUGUCCUUGAAAACAUUUGACAACAACAGAAGAGGGGGAUGGUCUAAACAAACAGCAGUUAUGAUUGCAGCUGAAAGAGGACACUCUGAUGUUUAUGACCUUCUUGUGUUGGAGGGAUUUGAUCAGUCACUAACAGAUGAAGACAACAAUGAAUGUGGACAUGUGAGGCAUAUAUAA